AUAUUUUUCUUAGGUUGGUUCAGGAUUAGUGGUACCCACUUUGGUCCCUGCUUGACGGGUACGUCUUGCAUAUAUCAAAGAAAAUUACAAUUCGGGUGGUACAUUUUCAGAUUCAGCUGUGACUUGCUGAUACCGCAUUCACUCAGCCUGUCUGCCAGAAGCUAUGGAAAGAAACAUCUAAACCAUAUCUAUCCGGUUCUCAAACAGGACGUCAAAGUUGUACCUCCCACGAUCCCUUGACUCCAACUUGCUCGUUCACAGACACCAACACCGCAAAAUCCACAACUGACAGUUUCUUGUGCAUCGAUCAGAACACUCGUCACCCCGAGCAAAGUCUGAAGUGGACGCAGUCAGUGGUCUCAGAGUUUACAGCACAUGAUGAUCUGGCCUCACGCAGAUCGAACUGGGCUAGAAAAUAGCCACAGAAUUUGGCCCUCAUCGACGCAGGGAGGGACUGGAGUUCAGCUCCGAAACGACGUCACACGAGCCUGAUCCGAUUCAAGGUCGGAAAUGGUGGUCGACGCCGUGAGCAGAACGGUUGCAGCUCAAGCGGCAAGAGUGGGGGAGCAGCAAAGAGGCGGUUGCAACGGGGGCUCAUGGAGUCUGCGUCUGGGCAGCGCUCGGCGUCUCCUCGAUUUUUGAACGCGGAGGCCAAUGUGCGCGUUCUCGAUGUCGACGAAGGACAUGAGAUCGGCAGAUCCCGGGGAAUGCAUGUCGCUCGAGCUGGCGCUGUCGCCGUCGCUGAGUGGGGUGCUCUUCGGCUCCAGCUGCUCGCCCUCCUACUCCAGGGCCUGGAACGUGAUCUGGCUCUGCGUGGCCUGCAAGCACAGCCGCGCGCUCAAGGCCGCCCUGCGCGGCGCCAGGGCCAGCUGCAUCAUUCUUCCCCUGGGGCCUCUCAAUUCCGCCUUCUUCCUCUCCAAGAAGCAGCAGAGUCCGCGAGGCAGCAAGAUCGUCAAGAUGCUCCUCUUGAGUUCGAGACGGCCCCGCGUUUCAGACUGACUGGCACGUGAUGAGACAGUCCUUCCGCUCACUGGUUCGAUUCGGCGGGAGCUAAAUUCGGAGAUUGGCAACGAGUCCCACUUCGCGGCACCAUGCAUUCGGUAAACGUCACAACGAUUCGGAGGAUGCAAUCCAUCGAGGGCAAUCCGGGGAAUCGGUGGAUCAGGCACAGCAAAUUUGUCCAGCAGCAGAAGGAUCUAGUGUAGUGUGGCAGAGGUAGCCCAAAUGCCAGGCAUAAGGUUGUAACCAAGCAACUUUAGCGAACAUUUCUACUGCCACUCACAAUCGAGCCCAAACAUCAUGACGUGCACAGACUGUGAGCAGACGAUGGGGCCCAAGAAAAUGGUCGCCGAUUCGCAGCAGGAGCAGCAGGAUGUUAACAUUCCAGGGCCGAGGGGCAAGAGGACCCCUGAGAAGCAGAGGGCCCCGUUCUCUCAGAGUCCCAAGAUCGCCAACAAGGCUCAAGCUCGCAGGCCCCAAGGCCGCGACGAACGCUCUCCAUGGAAGUGACAGCGUUCUUCAGCUCCAACCGAAGUCCGCGUGCAGGAUACGGGACUCCCAUUAGGUAGACCAGCACGAGCGCAGUUCUUUUUUACGGAGUUUUCCCAGAAAUUGAUAGAUUCUGUCCAACAUGCAAAUCAAAUCCGCCUCCAACAAACACCUCAGUCACAUUCAGUGCGACAGCUCUGCAGUUGUCGGGAGGGUUUAUCGAAGAUCCGGGCCGCCCUUAGGAGACCAGCAAUACAGUAGUGGCGAUUCGACUAUUUUGACGGAUGUACGCUUAAGAUAUUUCUGCUGAUUCGAGUCCGAAUCAGGAGCCAAGUCACAUCAAUUUUCUUCUGAAUUUCUCUCACCACUUUCUUGAAUUGAGGUCACGAUGUCUCUUUUGACAUGGGACUGAAUGUGGUUACGAAAGUCGUGGACAUAGAUUGAAUCGGCCAUAAGCAUUCAUCAGAGUGAAAGAUUAAUCAUAGAGUUCGAGGAUGAACUCCACUCCUAGACACCUCAAAGGUCCUCAGCACAGAGAAGAAAGAGAGAUCUACUUCCGAUCCCCUAAGCUCCAAAAAGCUCGUUUCGUGAAAUUGUGACGCAGGAACCAUCGAGAGUCAGGUUGCCCAUGCUCCAGACAAAAGCAUCUGUUUCUGAUUCUGAAGCAUAUUCAUUAUGAAAGUUCCGGGACUUGGAUCGGCUGGGCAGAGUAGGACAAGCAGAUGUUUCAGAGCAGAACUUUUGUGAUAAGGGAUGCACAUUCAUCCGUUCUCUGCAACCACGGCAUCGAAGCACUAUCUGAAGUUCGGUGAGAUGACGUUAGCUUCUAGCGAGCAAGACGCUACUCGAUCGUUCAUGUCCCCUAUGUGUCAGAACGAACCUUCAGCUGUCUACAGAGGUUAUGUUGUAAGUACGAUAGAAUGGAUUCUUAUCUCACUGAAGCUUCCAGCUCACUUCAGUGAGAGUGAACGGCUGUUUGUUUUGUUCACCUGCUUGAGACAGGUCACUUGUGUAGCGCUUCGCCUCUCAUCACAGUCGGGAUAAAUUUGCAUUUUGAAGUUUAGUGCAGAUCGAAAACCCGUGACAUUUGACAUUUGACCUUUGACCUUAGAGACUGGUCUAUUGGAGGGGUACUACUUGAUGGGCAGGCCCCAUCGAGAAAUACACGAAAGGAACCAAACGGGUAGGAUCGGGUUAGUCCCCACUAGAGAGUAUCGUGACGGGAAUUACGUCCCAGUACAGAUGAUAUAUCCUGACUAUGUACAUCACACUGUCUACCCACAACACAAGCAUUUGGACAAACCCUAAACGAGCUGGACGUGUCUCCUCAUUAUUACACCAAAAAGGUGUCCUAUGUAGAGCCAUGGCUACGAACUCUGACUAAUAAUGUAUUGAAUACACUGAAGAACGA